GGAUUAAGGCGGACAGAAAGACGGGUGCACUCCGUUCGUUCCUUGCCAAGAUCGGCGGCAAGCAAAUGGAUAAAGGGGCUAACAGCGGCGGUGGAGGUGGAGGUGGUUACUGGUGGUGGGCCGCCGCCAGCGGUAUCCAACUGGUUUGGGGCAUAUACUCCUUCCGCAAAGGCUACUCAGGCGACUCACGACUCAUGCCCCUCAAAGCUUUUGGCGUAGCAUCUCUAUUUGUCGGCGCCACCGCCACCGCCACUGUCGGAACUAUUAGUGCCUCCGGCAUCCACUCGGUAAAGGAUGCCGUGGAAGUUGGUGCGAGUAUAAGGUCUGGACUCGGAGUCAAGGGCAGGGGAUGAUUCUUUUUUGCGUUAUCACCAUGGAAGUUGCAAGAUUUUGGUUAAUUACUUAAAAUCAGGUACACGAUGAAUAAUAAUAAUCUUCUCAUUGGUCUAAACUCUCUUUUCUGGAAGAAGUCCAAGAGCAACAACUUCGAUUUCGCUUGCUUGCGCAUAGGAAACAGGGCUGCAAAGUGUUUUCACUUUUCCAUGAGUACCAUAGGUUAUUUCUGAUAAUAACUUACCGACAUUUUUUAGAUACAUGACCCUCUGACAGAUUUUGAAGCAUUCUUGUGGAGGAGACAUUCUUUUGUUAGGCAGAUAAGGGACCGUUUGGUUUGAUGGAAUGGUUUUGAGCGAUUUGGAUUUUAUGAAAGGAUUUGUAGUCUUUAGUGUGUUUGGUUUUUAGGGUUUGUAAUGAAAUUGAUUAAUUUUUUAUAAGUAAUUUAUAAAAAUAGUUUAUUAUCUUUUUAUUAAUUUAACAAAUGUUUUUAACAUAUUUUAAAACAUUACUACAUCCAAAUCUUACGAAAUCCCAUAAAAUACCAAUCACUCCCGUGGGAUUUCAAAAUCCCAUGUUUGUGGGAUUUCAAAAUCCCAUGUUUGUGGGAUUUCAAUGAAAUCUAGGGAUUUCAAUCCAUGUAAUCCCUCAAGCCAAACAUGGGAUUGGAAUGGAAUUGAAUUCCAAAUCCUAUCCAAUCCUACAAACCAAACGGGACCUAAGUUCUUAUAUCUGUUGUAAGGUCAUGCAUUUAAAAAAAACUGAUAGAAAGUUGCUAGAGACCUACCUAGUGUUAUUUAUUUUGUUUCGAGCUGGUAUAGGUUUUGAUUCUGAUGAAACUCCGUGAGUUCCUUUUGAUGCUUAUCGGUGAACAAACGAAUCUCUUCUUGAAUUGUUGGUCUGAUUCAUUUCGCAAUCUUUUUGGUUGUUGUCGUAUUCAUUAUCUGU